AUGAAUCCAUUUAGGAUACUUGGUGAUUUUUCUCACCUUGCUAGCAUAUUAAUUUUAACACAUACUGUGCAAAAAACCAAUGUCAUCGAUGGUAUUUCGUUCAAAACUCAGGUUCUUUACGUUCUAGUGUUUUUAUCUCGUUAUUUGGAUCUUUUAACAUUCCAUUGGGUCUCUGCAUAUAACACAUUGUUGAAGAUUGUUUUCCUUGCAUCAUCCUUCUACAUCGUGGUUCUCUUACAACGUUCGAAGGUCACGAAUCCAAUUGCCUAUAAGGAAAUGAUUAUGAAGGACAGUUUCAAAAUACAAUACCUUUUAGGUGGAAGUUUCCUUUUAGCGCUUUUCUUUCACCAUAAAUUCACAUUUUUCGAAGUCCUGUGGAGUUUUUCAGUGUGGUUAGAGAGUGUGGCAAUUUUGCCACAACUGUUCAUGUUGUCAAAGAGUGCUAAGGCUGAAAGUUUGACUGUGCAUUAUAUCUUUGCCCUUGGUCUAUAUAGGGCAUUGUACAUUCCAAAUUGGAUUUGGAGAUAUCAGUUUGAAGGUAAAGUAAUUGAUCACAUUGCAUUAUUUGCAGGGAUUGUUCAAAUUCUAGUCUAUUCUGAUUUCUUCUACAUAUACUACAAGAAGGUUGUAAAACGUGGAGGAAUAGGACUACCGGUGUAA